ACGCCGUCAAAACCUUUUCCCAAGUUAAAAAAAAACUCCCGAACCCGGCGGCUUCGAGCCACUAAUCCCCAAAGCCUUUUUUCUCGCUUCGCCUUCCCUUCUUCCAUCCCCCCUCUAUCGAAGGAGCUCGCCGUCGCCGCCAUUCGCAUUCGCCUCCUCCUCCCGUCCGCUAAACCCUAGCCGCCGACCCCUCCAAUCCCCCCAUCAGCGCCCGAAUCGCGGUCCCAAUCGAGCUAGGGCUCGCCAAUUUUGGACCGAGCCCGUUGAAAUUUUGGUCGGCUUAUUGGGUGAAUCCUUCGACUUUUUUUUGAGGGGAUUUAUUGCUUUCUCCGGUGGGGAAUGGGGAGCCGGAGGGAGGAGGAGAGGAACGAGAAGAUUAUCCGCGGCCUCAUGAAGCUGCCGCCCAACCGCAAGUGCAUCAAUUGCAACAGUGUGGGGCCACAAUAUGUAUGUACCAAUUUCUGGACCUUCGUAUGCCUGUCAUGCAGUGGAAUUCACCGUGAGUUUACUCACCGUGUUAAGUCGGUGUCAAUGUCCAAAUUUACUACCCAGGAAGUGCGGGCUCUUGAACAGGGUGGUAACCAGAGAGCACGUGACAUCUACCUAAAGGACUGGGACUGGCAGCGAAUGAGGUUGCCUGUCAAUACCAAUCCAGAUAGGAUAAGGGAAUUUAUCAGGGCUGUUUAUGUGGAUAAGAAGUAUGCUGGUGGGUCAUCUAAUAAACCAGCCACAGAUAGCGAGAGUGUGAAGAGCAAUGACAAUGACAUGAGAAGACCUAGCUCCUAUCAUUCAUACUCCCAAAGCCCACCUUACGAUUUUCAGUACGAAGAUAGACGAUAUGGUAAGCAAGUUGACACGCUUGCUCGAAGGCCUUCAGAUAGGGCACUCUUCGAUGGGAAGCUCGGCAACUUACUAUUCAGUCCAGGUCGUUUGCGAGAUCAGAUAAAUGAAGACCGAUUUGCUAAUGAGAGUUCGGGAUCAAGGUUUUCUGACUUUUCAGCCUCAAGCACUGCUGACUUUAGAAAUGAUGUGCUUUCUCCUAGCUCUCAGGAGACAGGGUACAGCAGUCCUUCUGUUCACCAUUCAAGAAAUGUCUCUGCUGAAAAUCCUCAAUCCCAGAAAUAUCCUAGUGCAGCAUCACAAAUAGAUUUCAAUGGAGUUCGACGUUCACAGCGAACAGCUUCUUCUGGAAGUUUUGGGUCAUUUGAUGGUAUCUCAGUGUCUAACAAAUCAAUUGAAUCAGGUUACCCGCCUGAUGCACCUACAGAAAAGCCAGUGCAUCCUGCUGUAAAUCAUAAGACUGUGGCUUCUCCUGUGGCUCAUUCAACACUAUCAUCCGCCUUGCCGCCCAACAAGAGCAGUAUUAACUCAUCAGAUCACAAUUUGAUUUCUCAGAAACCUGCUGAUUUAGGCGGCCAAACUGCUCCCGCCAUGGAACCUGUACAACAUGGUGGGGUUCACAUUGAAGCCGUGGUGCCGUCACCUGUUCCAGCACAACCAACGACUUUCACAACUCUUGACCUCUUUGAUCAAUCUACUGUGCAACAGCCUGUCACUUCUGCUGCACCGAUAGAUCUGUUUGCUGGUUUUAAUGAACACUCAUCAGUUUCUCAUAAAACAGUUGAUUUAAGCAGUCAUUCUGAUGUUGCCAAAGAACCUGCCCAUAACUUUGCUGUUCAGAAGGCCGUGGCACCAUCGUUUGUUCCAGAAGAAGCACUCACCACAUCUCAUCCUGUCCACCAAGACCUAUUCAGUCUGUCAAUUUUGCAGGAACCGCCAACUUCGUCACCCCCUGAGCCAAAGCCAAUAUAUCUGUUUGCUGGCUUUGACCAACAGCAGCCACAUAUGUCUAGUGUUCAGCAAAUUCCAUCAGCAGCUCCACUGCCUGCUAAUGAAGGGUGGGCUUUCUUUGACGCACAACAUGGAUCUUUGAUGCCUGUUUCAAAUGUGCAAGCUCAGUUGCCUGCUGCAUUCCCUCCAACUGAUGGUAUUGCUAAAGGAAUUGUUCAAUCAACAUUGCCAACUUCACCACCAAAUGCCAUUGGGUCACAAAGUUCUCCAGCUAUGAUGGAUAACUGGAGUUUAAAUGCUGAAGAAGUGAAGAUCUCUGUCCCCAAAGAAAAUUCUCAGUCUUGGAACGCCUUUGGUGAAUCUACUCAGAGAGCAUCAAAUGAUUUGUUCACAUUUAACACUAUUUCUCAAGUGGCUCCUCAUCAAUUCACAACACCCGGUGCUCCACAUGUUGGAUCCAGAACUCCACAGGAUUUGGCUAGGGGUGAGCCUGAAAGGUCAACUCCUGGGGAUAUGUUUUCUGGCUUCAAUGUUUCACCUGGUGACAUGGCUGGGCCGUCCUUUCCUGCAGCACUUCAACCCCAUUUGGGCGGCAUAGUGUCUCAUCCUGGAAAAUCAACAAAUCCAUUUGACAUGGCAUUUGAAUCUGAUGAUGACGCCAACAACAUGUUCAUGGAUUUGACCUCACUACAAGAGACAUUACCAGAUCCUCAUGCUCCCACCGAUUACCCUGGGAGCUUCACUGAGCCGUGGGUUUCUCAGAAUACCACUCUGCCAUAUAUUCCUUCUGGGCCUCAAGGGGGGUUGUCAUACAUGGCGGGACAAGACUCACACAUGUUAAAAGCAACAGCAUUUCCUUCAUAUGACUGGAUCAUUACCCUUCUUUGGUCCUUAAUCGGUCAGGUGUGCCUGCAAAGUGCAAACGUAGCAAGCCCAAUACAGGCACGGUCUCAGACAGCCUUGAGCCUUCGUCUCCGUGCUCCCGAAGUCCUAAAACCCUACCCAAAAUCUCUCCCCACCCACCACCGCGCGCCCACCUCCUCCCCGAGCAAAAAAGCCAGCGCAGCCAUGCACCCCUUCCACCGUCCCCGCCCCAACCCCAACCAUCCCCACCGCGGGCGGCCCGGCGGUGACCCGGGUCCGGCUCCGCUCCCCGCCGUCCCCAUGCAGCACCCGCAGCUAAAUCACCCCGCCUUCCCGCCGCCCGUCCCCAACCUCGCCGCCGCCGCCAACCCCAUGGCCGCCGCGGCAGCGGCCAACCCUUUUCUCGCGCUGCAGCUCCUCGGACAGGCGCAGCAGCUCCAGAACCUCGGCUUUCUCGCCGCCGCCGCCCUCCAGCAGCAGCAGCAGACGCCUUUCUUCCAGGGAGGGUUCCCGCCGAACCCCAACCAGUUCGCGCCCUUCCCCGGCCCGCACGCCGGUUUCAAUGGCGGCGGGGCGUUUCGGCCCGGUGGUGCUGGGGUUUGCGGGCCGUGGCCGCCCCGGCCGAUGAUGAGCCCUGUGGGGAAGGGCUGCAAUAAUACCGGUGUCGGCGGCGGCGGUGCACCGAGGCCGAUGCCCAACGUUGGGAGGAAGGACCGGAAUAGCAGUGGUGGCAGCAGCGGCGAGGUAAACCACUCUGAGAAUAAAGCAGAUGGCAUAUCUUAUUUUGCCUCUGAAAAUGGUGUGAGGAACAAAACAACAGAUCAGAAAGCACGAUUUAACUCUGGAAGAGAUGGUAGGGAUGGCAGACAAUUUGGUGCAUCUAGAGGGAGGGGCAGAGGAAGGCACUUUAAUCAAGGUUGUGGAAGAGGAGGCAAUAAUCGGGGAGAAAUAAAAUCCAACUUUAUGAGCCACGGCAGUCCAGCACCAGGAGAUUGCAGUGACAUUCCAGCUCCAGCAUCAGGAGGACGCCGAAAGCGCCCUCCUACAAUUUAUGAUGCAAAUGAAGUUAAACAGUGGGUAGAAGCACGGAAGAAGAACUACCCUACAAGCGUCAACAUAAACAAGAAGUUGUCUCAGAGUCAGUCGAAUAUUCAAAACAAGGACAAAGAUGCCCAGAUGCGGCGUCAGGAGUUGAAGGAAGUCUUAGCAAAGCAGCAAGAGCUGGGCUUUGAACUCCCUGAACUACCACCUGGCUAUCUAUCUGAAACUGAGGAUCAAGGCAAUGCAAGGAAUAGUAAAUGGAAAACUCAACGCAGGGAUUGUCGUUUCGGAAACCGUACCAAUGAUAAAAGAUCAAGGUAUGACCGUGGAAAUUUUCGGUCUAAAAGACCAAAGGUGUGGAGUCAUACUCCUCGUGAUGAUGGUACAAUGAGCAGGGAACCAACCCUCUUACAGAAGCUUCUUAGUUCUGAUAUCAAGAGGGACAGGCAUAGACUUCUGCACACGUUCAAAUUCAUGGCCUUGAACAAUUUCUUUAAAGACUGGCCCGAUAAGGACUUGGAGUUUCCUAGUGUUAAGGUGAACCAGAUUGAAAUAGAAAAUAAUAUUGCUGCAGACGACCUGCAGAAUGCUGAGACGGUCAAUGACAGCAGCCUUGAUUUAAAGGAAAAUGGUGAUGGGAAAGAGUUGAGCUCCAUAGAUACAGAAACUGGCAGUCCUGAUCACAAUGAAGAAGAAGACGAGGAUGGUACUAGUGCUGAAAGCAGCGACGAGAAGGAUGGGAACGAGGACGCAUAUGAGGAGCAGUGUAACGAGUCUGAAGAUGACGCCGCAGCCUGAAAAUCUGACUAAACUGGUAUCCAAAAGCCCAAAUGCUAUUUUCGUUGUGUAAAGUUGGGUUCGCACAAAACAUUUUGUAGCUUUUCACAUUUUCCUGGAGAUCGAAUGUUGAAGGAAAGUACAUUAAGUGCAAUUAUAACAUUUUUCUGAUGUUUUUUGAAAGUCUGAUAUACAAAUCUCUCUUAUGCUA